AUGAAUCGGGUUGGUGUAACCAGGGUGUUUUUACAUCAGCUCAGCUGUAUCAAAAUUUCCGGGUUCGGGUCCGGAUGCGAGUUUGUGUUGCCGAAGAAGAAGAGUAAAUGGUUGGGACGGCGUCGUUUGAAGCUUGUUGCCAGUGCUGAACUGUCCAACUCCUUAUCUGUGAACAUUGGUUUGGACUCUACGUUGCCUUUGGUUGGACCACUUCCUGGGGAUAUUGCAGAGGUCGAAGCCUACUGUAGAAUCUUUAGGGCUGCUGAACAGUUUCAUAAUGCUUUAAUGGACACAUUAUGCAAUCCUGUGACGGGGGAGUGCAGUGUUUCUUACGACAUGUCAUCAGAGGACAAGCCAUUAUUGGAAGAUAAAAUAGUUUCCGUCCUGGGUUGCAUGGUUUGUCUGCUAAAUAAAGGAAGAGAUGAUGUCCUCUCAGGACGAUCUUCCAUCAUGAAUUUAUACCGGGAUGUGCAGAAAAAGGUAAUGGAUGAUAACCUUCCUCCACUUGCUAUUUUUAGGGGCGAGAUGAAAAGUUAUUGCGAGAGUUUGCAUGUUGCUCUUGAGAAUUAUUUGACACCAGAUGAUGCUCGAAGUGUAAAUGUCUGGAGGAAGUUGCAAAGACUGAAAAAUGUGUGUUACGAUUCUGGAUUUCCCCGAGGUGACAAUCAACCUUGUCAGACAUUGUUUGCAAACUGGGGUCCUGUAUACUUGUCCACCUCAAAAGAAGAAAUGCAGUUGGGAAAUUUAGAGGUUGCUUUUUGGAAAGGUAGCCAGGUGACUGAAGAAGGUUUGAAGUGGUUGUUGGGGAAAGGAAUCAAAACAAUUGUGGAUCUCCGAGCAGAGACUGUAAAGGACAAUUUCUACAAAAUGGUAUUAGAUGAAGCUAUUUUGUCUGGAAAGAUUGAGCUGAUUAAACUUCCCGUAGAAGUUGGUACUUCACCUUCAAUGGAGCAGGUUGAGAAGUUUGCCGCUUUGGUGUCAGAUUCGAGCAAAACCCCCAUUUUUCUACAUAGUAAGGAAGGAAGGCAAAGAACCUCUGCUGUGGUGUCUAGAUGGAGACAAUACAUGGAUCGUGCCACAUCUCAGUUUGUCUCUAAUCAGAGAGUUGGUCCCACUGACAUUCUAGAUCAAAAUACCAAAAAAAUAGAAGAGACAGACGUCUUUUCAAAAUUUAAAGAAGAUACAUCCUCCAGGGAUGAAAAUGGGUCAAUCUCAAAGAAAUCUGAUGAGUCUUCUAGAUCCCAAGGAGGACUUCUUAAUCAAGCCCCUCCAGCUGCAGAAACCCAAUCACGGAGCAGUAAUGGAGCUUAUAUUACCAAAACAACUAACCAGGAUACCCCAUUACUGAAAUAUAAUGGUGAAAAAGAAUCAGUAAUGAACUUUUACAGCGAUUUGAAACCACUAGAGUCUCAGCUACCCCCUCCGGAUGUUUUCUCCAGAAAGGAAAUGAACAAGUUUUUCAGGAAUACGAAAAUUUCACCUGGAACGUAUUUUAGAUAUGAACACAGAAGAUUGGAGAUGCUGUCUGCUUCAAGAUAUAACUGCAAUAAGACAGUCUUGAGAGAAGAAACUACCACUAAUUCCAGGUUUGAAGAAGAAGAUAUUGUGAACAGAUCAAUUAAUGGUAACAUGUCAUCUUCAAAGCCCCAGAGUACCCCUGCUAGUGAUGGGCCAUAUCAGAGUCAUAAUGCUUUUGUCGCCCGGACACCUCUUCCCAAUGUAACCAUUAGUGGCAAAGAGUAUUCUUCAAGUGAGAAAGAUGGUUCUGUAAGUACAAGCAUCGAGAUAAAUAAGAAUGCCGAGUCAACGAUGGUUACUCGAAAGAAUAGGAGCAACAGUGAGUACUUAUCUUCGGAUGAUGAAAGCUUGGAAACCAUCGAAGGAAAUAUGUGUGCUUCUGCAACAGGUGUUGUGAGAGUGCAGUCAAGAAAGAAAGCCGAGAUGUUCUUAGUCCGAACAGAUGGGUUUUCUUGCUCUAGAGAAAAGGUAACAGAAUCUUCCUUGGCAUUCACUCAUCCGAGCACGCAGCAGCAGAUGCUUUUGUGGAAAUCUACACCGAAAACUGCAUUAUUAUUGAAGAAGCUGGGACAAGAACUCAUGGAAGAAGCUAAAGAGGUUGCCUCUUUCUUAUAUUACCAAGAGAAUAUGAAUGUUCUUGUCGAACCCGAGGUUCAUGACAUAUUUGCCAGAAUUCCGGGGUUUGGAUUUGUUCAAACCUUUUAUAGUCAAGAUACAAGUGACCUUCAUGAGAGGGUUGAUUUUGUGGCUUGCUUGGGAGGAGAUGGAGUCAUACUCCAUGCUUCGAAUUUAUUUAGAGACGCAGUUCCUCCUGUUGUUUCAUUUAAUCUUGGAUCCCUCGGAUUUCUCACGUCCCAUAUUUUUCAAGAUUAUAAGAAUGACCUGAGACAAGUUAUACAUGGGAACAACACAAUUGAUGGUGUAUAUAUAACUCUUAGACUGCGUCUCCGUUGUGAAAUAAUUCGAAAUGGGAAAGCAGUGCCGGGGAAGGUAUUUGAUGUCCUCAACGAAGUUAUAGUUGACCGUGGUUCCAAUCCUUACCUUUCCAAAAUUGAAUGCUAUGAACAUGAUCGCCUCAUAACAAAGGUACAAGGUGAUGGAGUUAUAGUAGCCACUCCUACUGGAAGUACAGCUUAUUCAACUGCUGCCGGAGGGUCUAUGGUACAUCCAAACGUUCCUUGCAUGCUCUUUACACCGAUUUGCCCACAUUCUCUCUCAUUCAGACCUGUCAUACUUCCUGAUUCUGCACGGCUAGAAUUAAAGAUUCCAGAGGAUGCACGAAGUAAUGCUUGGGUCUCGUUUGAUGGAAAGAGAAGGCAACAACUUUCUAGAGGCGAUUCAGUUCGUAUAUCAAUGAGUCAACAUCCACUUCCAACAGUCAACAAGUCAGACCAAACAGGUGAUUGGUUUCGAAGCUUGAUUCGUUGCUUGAACUGGAAUGAAAGAUUGGAUCAGAGAGCUCUUUGA